AAGUUUGUAGUGUUCACCAGUGCCACGCACAGUACGUGCGUGUAACUGAUCGUUCAGUCGUUGAUACAUGACUUCUUUUUUGCUUGUCUCUCUCUCUCUCUCCUAAGAUAGAUUGCAGUAUAAAACAGCCAGUUCAAUCUAUAUAGUUACUAUGAUAACAAAGUUUAUUUUUUUAUUGUGGAUCGUCACCGUACUCGGUGACGAAGAACACGAGAUAACCGCGCCGAUCGGGAAAAUACGUGGUUCUACCUUGACCUCGAAACUUGGCAAGAAGAUCUAUUCUUUUCGAGGUGUGAGAUAUGCAGAACCGCCAACUGGACAACAACGGUUUCAAGUUGCAGUUCCAGCGGUAGAUUGGAACGAUGUUUUCGAUGCGACCAAAGAAGGACCUUCUUGUCCAGGAAUACGUGCGGAGAAUAUUUUGGAAGAUUGUCUCCGUCUAAACGUCUACACGACAAAAUUACCAUCAGCGAGCGAUUCCGUGAGAAGACCCGUGUUAGUAUUUUUCCAUCCUGGCGGGUUUUAUUUGUUCUCGGCUCAGAGCUUUAUUUUCGGACCCGAAUAUCUUCUGGAUAAAGAUAUCGUUCUCGUGACCGUAAAUUAUCGUCUCGCAUCACUAGGUUUUUUGAGCACUGGUGAUUCAAAAGCACCGGGUAAUCUGGGUCUAAAGGAUCAAGUGGAAGCUCUUAAAUGGAUCAAGAGAAACAUAGGUGCUUUUGGUGGCAAUCCCGAUAGCGUUACGAUAUCCGGUUAUAGCGCUGGUGGUGUGAGUGUAUUUAUGCACAUGGUUUCUCCAAUGUCUAAGGGAUUAUUUCAUCGAGCAAUUAUGAUGAGCGGCUCAACAACACCAGAUCCCUUGCCGACUCACCAACUACAUUUGGCAAAGAAGCAAGCGCAAUUGUUGGACUGUCCCACUGAUACGACAGGCGCUAUGAUGAUCUGUUUAAAUUCCAAACCAGUGGAGAACUUCACGAACACCAUACCAAAUUUCUUUGAAUGGCAUGGUAAUCCUAUCUUAGUGUGGUCACCGGUAGUGGAGCCUGAGGUUCGCGGUGUUGAGAGAUUUUUACCAGAGCAGCCGUAUGAUCUUAUCAGAAAAGGACAAUUUCACAAAGUUCCGUUAAUCGCAGGAGUUACAAAAGACGAAUUCGGUGGUGUAGUUGCCGCUGUCGAAAAGCAACGUCAAGAAGGAAACAUGUCGACAUUGAACGACUUGAACAACAAUUGGUACGAACUCGCGCCGAUAGUUUACUUAUAUGAGCGCGAUACACCGCGUUCCCGAAACAUAAGCAUCAAUCUGAAGCUGUUUUAUUUCGGUAACCAGGAGAUCGGUCCAAACACAUACGACGGUCUCGCUCAUAUCAUAGCUGACAGUGUAAUUAUAUUUCCUCUGUAUCGGAGUAUGAAGUUACUUGCGGAGUACAAUGAUCAUCCAGUCUACUUCUAUAUGUUCAGUUAUCAAGGAAGAUACAGUUUUGCCAUGUGGAAUGAGACCACGCCAUAUGGAGUUACGCACCACGACGAUUUGCAAUAUCUGUUCUUCAUGAAAUUCAAAUUUCCAUACUUCGAAAAAGAUGCCCCGGAAAUUCCUACAGUGGAACUGAUGACAAGCAUGUGGUCAAAUUUUGCCCAAACCGGACAGCCGGUGCCGCCGAACUUGGCAAACAAUAUCACGUGGAACCCAUACGACUUAGCAAAGGAUGACUACUUAGAUAUCUCCGAGGAACCCAAGAUGAAGACUGGAUUUUAUCCUGAUAGAAUGCAAGAAUGGGAACGUUUGUUUCCUAUACCCCCAGUAAAAUAAUCAAACAUGUAAAAUUACACACAACUGAGCUACAUGUGACGACAGAUCAAUUUCAACGCAUUUAAACAUAUGCAAUCUAUCAUACUACUAUACUUACAUAAGAAAUCUUGUUGUAAAAUAAAAUGUUUGUUUUUCAAGCACAA